AUGGCUUCUUCUCUACGCCUGAUUAUUGAAGAUGGUCAUUUUCAGGAUGAGCAUGGGAGACAUGUCUUGUUAAGAGGCAUCAAUGUCGCAGGCGACGCCAAGCUACCCAGCCAACCCGACGUACCCUCGCAUGUUUCCCAAGACUUUUUUGACGGCGACAAUGUGAAAUUCCACAGCCGACCAUUCAGGAAAGAAGACGCACAUAUACAUUUUUCCCGCCUUAAGCGUUUUGGAUAUAAUACUAUUCGCUAUGUAUUCACAUGGGAGGCUAUCGAGGCAGCCGGCCCAGGGAAGUAUGACGAGGUCUGGAUUCAACACACGAUUGAUGUUCUACGGGCCGCUAAAGAGUAUGGAUUUUAUAUAUUCAUGGACCCUCACCAAGAUGUGUGGUCGAGGUAUUGUGGCGGAUCCGGUGCUCCUAUGUGGACAGUUUAUGCCUGUGGACUAAAUCCCCAGAGUUUCGCUGCUACCGAGGCCGCAAUAGUUCAUAAUACGUAUCCCGAGCCCGAGAGUUUCCCUAAGAUGAUCUGGUCAACCAACUACGUUCGACUUGCGGCCGCAACGAUAUUUACGCUUUUUUUCGCCGGUCGAGAUUUCGCUCCUAAAUGCAUAAUCGAUGGCAUAAAUAUUCAAGACUAUUUACAAGGUCAUUUCAUACGUGCUUGUGAACAUCUCGCGAGGCGCAUACAUGAAGCUGGUGAUAUUGAGAAUGAUAUUGUCUUUGGGUGGGAGAGUCUUAAUGAGCCAAAUAGGGGCAUGAUUGGACAUGUUGAUUUGAGUGUUAUUCCGAGCGAACAGAACCUCAAAAAAGGUACAUGUCCAACACUUUGGCAGGCUAUCCUGACUGGUUCUGGGCGAGCAUGUGAAGUGGAUACGUGGGAUAUGGGAGGUUUAGGCCCAUACAAGGUUGGGCGUGCUCUGAUUGAUCCCCACGGCGAGAUGGCUUGGUUGCCAGCAGAUUAUGAUGAAACUCGAUACGGCUGGAAGCGGGAUCCGGACUGGAAAUUGGGAGAAUGCCUUUGGGCCCAACACGGAGUGUGGGAUCCCUCUCAAGACUCUCAAGGCGCACUCUUGCAAAAGAACUACUUCGAGAAGCACCCAACUAGCGGCGACAAGCUUGAUUAUCAUGCUUUUACGAACAUAUACUUCAUGGCAUUCUAUCGGAAAUACCGAGAUGCUAUCCGAGGAAUCCAUAAGGACGCGAUUAUGCUAUGUCAACCUCCAACCCUAGAGUUACCACCGAAUAUCAAGGGUACGGCAGAUGAUGACCCGAGAAUGGUUUAUGCACCGCACUACUACGAUGGUAUCACUCUCAUGACUAAGAAAUGGAAUCGGACGUGGAACGUUGAUGUCAUGGGCAUCCUCCGUGGUCGUUACUGGCAUCCAGCUUUCGCCAUCAAGGUCGGCGAGACAGCGAUUCGGAAUUGCUUCAAAGAUCAAUUGGCGUCCAUGAGGAAAGAAGGCCUGGACUAUAUGGGCAACCAUCCGUGCAUUCUUACCGAGUUUGGUAUUCCGUAUGACAUGGAUGAUAAACACGCAUAUAAAACUGGAGAUUAUUCGAGUCAAUCUGCAGCUAUGGAUGCGAAUCACUUUGCUGUGGAGGGUGCAGCGAUGGAAGGGUAUACAUUGUGGCUGUACUCAGCUACGAACGAUCACCAGCGGGGAGACCAAUGGAACGGAGAAGAUUUAUCCAUUUUCUCUGUUGAUGACCAGACUUUGCCUGUUUCUUCGGUACCUCGAACACCUGACCUUAACCAAUCAACAUCCAGUCUCUUAAAAACGGCUACUACUAACAGCAGGAAAGAAGUAGAAGAUGAAACCUCGGUCACGCCUAGCAACUUGAAGCGCACCUUAACAAAUCCUUCAAUAUCAUCAUCUACGCCGCCUAGCCCGAAUCCUGAAUUGACUAAUGCACCUGGUUACCGUGCCGCGGAGGCGUAUGUCCGACCUGCACCAAUAGUUACAAACGGUCCUAUAGUAAACUACGUUUUCGAUUUGAAGAAUUGCGAGUUUACAUUGAAUAUCGAUGGAACAAGUGCGCCUUCGGAUUUUCCUACGACAGUGUUCCUCCCAGAGUAUCAUUUCCCUAAGGAGCAAUGCACAGUGGUGGUCAGCUCAGGUAAAUGGGAGAUCAGCACGGAUGAUGAUGAACAAUCAUGGAUCCAGAAGCUCCGGUGGUGGCACAGCGAUGGCAAGCAGAGUCUUAAAGUGACGGGCUUGAUACGGCCUCACAACACUUUAACUGGCACGGCUGAGGAGGCUGGAUACCUAGAGCAGUGCCAGCAAUCUUAUGGGUUCGACGUUAAAUCUUGCAGCGUAAUGUAA